AUGGAUUUUGAAAUGUCGUCUGAGCAGGAACCUAUUGAAUCUGUUAAUAAUAAUAUAAUACCAAAAAAUAACUCUGGAUCACCUGUGGUGACUACAACAAAAACUGUUUUUAUAGAAGAAAACGAACAAAUGGAAACAAUCGAAGAUUCAAAAAUGAAGACUACUAUUACUACCACUACUGAUGCUGGAGUUGAAAUAAUAACUGAUACGGCUAAUAUACUCACCACCACAGAACAAACCAUUAUGUUUGAUGAGGAAGAAAAAACAAGACUUGAGGAAGAAGCUCGUAAAUUUUUAUCUUUACAAGCACAAGAGAUUGUCAUACCAUCAUAUUCUGCCUGGUUUGAUAUGGCCAAAAUUCAUAAUAUUGAGAAAAAAACCUUACCAGAAUUUUUCAAUAAUAGGAAUAAAUCUAAAAAUCCAAGUAUAUACAAAGAAUAUAGAGAUUUUAUAAUUAAUACUUAUCGACUCAAUCCUCCAGAAUAUUUAACAGUCACUGCUUGUCGUAGGAAUUUAAUUGGUGAUGUGUGUGCAAUUAUUCGUAUACAUGCUUUUCUUGAACAAUGGGGAUUGAUAAAUUAUCAAGUAGAUCCUGAUACACGUCCAUCAUGUGUUGGGCCUGCUUUUACAGGACAUUUUAUUAUUACUGCAGAUACACCAAGAGGUCUUCAUCCUUUUCAACCAACUGUUGAUUGUACUAGAUCUCGUUAUCACAGUCUGACAAGUCAAAAAUUAGAUCUAUGUCCUAAUUGUUAUCUAGCUGGACAUUAUCCUACUCCAAUGCAUAGUGGCGAUUUCUUAAAAAUGGAUGAGACACCAUUCAAACAUGCUCAAGAUGAAGAAUGGACAGAGCAAGAGACUUUAGCACUUUUAGAAGGAAUCGAAUUGUAUGAGGAUGAUUGGCUCAAGAUUGCUGAACAUGUGGGUACACGUACUAGAGAUCAAUGUAUUUUACACUUUUUAGAAAUUCCUGCUGAGGAUCCAUUCAAUGGAGCCGUAAUGAAAAAUCUGGGGCCGCUCCAGUAUCAAAGAAUACCUUUUAGUCAAGCAGAUAAUCCGGUAUUGUCAGUUGUUGCAUACUUGGCAUCUAUUGUCGACCCUAAUAUCGCAUCAACAGCAGCUAAAUCAGCAAUCAAAGAAUUAUCAUCUGUUAAAAGCUCAUCAUGUAAUCUAAAAGAGUCUAAUAAUGGUGAUUCCAAUAGAACACGGACUAAUGAGAAUUUAGAUAAUAACAAUAAUGACAAUAACACAGAUAUUAAAGUGAAAAAUGAAGAUUCAAUGGAUACAGAAGCCAAUGUUUUAACAGAUUAUGAGGAUCAAGAAAUACAAAAACUUGUUAAUGAAGUUAUCGAGAAUCAAUUAAAAAAACUUGAACUUAAACUUCAACAGUUUGAAGAAUUAGAAAGUGUUAUCGAGAAUGAAAAAAAGGAAUUAGAAAAACAACGUCAACUGUUUUAUCUUGAACGACCAUUAAUCAAAGAGGAAAGUAAAAUCCUGGAACUUUAG